AUGGAUCGAGUAAUUGAAUUAUUGAACUCAAAAAAAGUAUAGGAAUCUCCUGAGAACAGAAGAAUACUUUUUAACAAUCCUACCUACAAGCCUUACCUAUUAUUAACUUACAAUGAAUUUAGAUAGUUGUUUAAAGUGGAUGAGAAUAAUGUUACUCGAUUCAAUAAAAUGAUCAUCUACACAGAGAUGGAUUACUACAACUAUGUAUAUAAUCAAACUUGGGCAUAUAAAUGGUAUCCAUUGCUAUUCAAAUUUGGUUUGAAUUGUGUUCGAAGAAGACCAACAAGCAUCAUCUUUUCCCUGAUGUACUUGUACAGUGUUGAAGUAUUCUUAGAAAAAUUAUGCCUCUUUCAAUAUGUGGAUGACAAGAUAAUAGAUCCCUCUGAGUAUUUCACUGCAGCUCUAUCCAAAGAAAAAAAUCUGUAAAAGCAAAACGAGCUAUUUCAAAAGUACAAGGACAUCCUCCAACAGGAUUACAAAGACAAACAUUAUGUGGAGGAAUACAAACCAAGAGAUUGGAUCCUCAUGGGCAAUAAAUUUAAUAUCCAUAACCCAUACAUACAUUGGACAGAAUCGAAAGAUGAGAGUGCCAAUAAGAUAAUGUAAGAAUUCUUUGUAAAGAACUUCCAAUUGCUCCUCUUCAUCGAUAGAAUACAGCGAUUUGUUAAAUUAAUAAAAAAUGAGGGAUACACAGGAUUGCAAAGAGAAACAAGAGCAUGCGUUUAGAAUUUGAUUAGACAAAGUAAACGAUUGGUUUUGGAGUUUCCAGUCUAUAAGGAAUACGUUCCUUAUUUGAAUUCAUACUAUAAGAUAGAGGAAUUGCUUUCAGUUCCUUAUAUUGAUUAAAGAAAAAGAUUUAUAUAAAUGGAUCACUAUAAAUUAAUAGGAAGCAAGAUAAUAAAUUUGUUCAAUUAUAUGGUUUAUGGAAGAUGCGAAUUUGUCAGAUAUGAAUUCAAAUGGUUCGAUCCUAAUAUAUCUGCCAAAAAGCCCAUGUUAAGAGCUGAAUCAGUAUGGUAUGAUAUUGUACCAUAUGUUUUGUUGUUGGUGUUACCCACUAGAGUAAUGGGAAUGAGGAGAGUAAUUGGAAAUGCUAAAAAAUAUGCUGACUAUGCAUCAACCUUGGGUUCCAAAGUUAAAUAAUAGACAUUGGUUUGA